AUGGCACAAUUACCUCCCAAGAUCCCAAACACGACGCUAUGUUGGUCUGACCUCUCUGAUUCUUCCCCACCGAACAUGCCUUACGUGGCAAGUUUCUCACCCGAUGUUGCCGCCGCCGCAACUCGGGACCCACUUUGGGCGGAUGAAUUCCACGACUUCUCGUCGGAGAGACGCCAGGCCCAUCGCCGGUCGGUGAGCGAUUCCAUUGGCUUCUUCGAGGCUCCCAUGUUGCUGGAGGAUUGUCAUGUUAAUUCUAGGAAUGCCCGGCCCAGGCUUGAGGCUGAGCACGAGUUUGACAGGUUUGGUGAUGAGAAAUUCAUGUCCCCGUUCAAUGAUGACUUAUCUGGGGCUGCCAUGCCUCUAACCUUUUCCUCUUCAAAAUCUUCAAGCCCAUCUGAUCACAACAGCAUUAAUGAUGAGAAAGAAAUCACGAACCAAGUCCAACAACAACAAAACCUGCACAAGCAGAACGAAGAAGAUCAGCCGAAGCAAUUGAAAAGUGAAUCCCAUGAGGUUCAAAACCAUAUAAGCAAACAGCAGGAAACACAACCUUCAAAUAAUAAAUUAGCAACUCCUUCCUCUGACAAGAUCACUGAUCCUAAGAGGGUCAAAAGAAUCUUGGCAAAUAGGCAAUCUGCACAAAGAUCACGAGUGAGAAAGCUGCAAUAUAUAAUCGAGCUAGAGCGUAGUGUAACUUCAUUACAGGCCGAAGUAUCAGUGCUGUCUCCAAGGGUUGCAUUUUUAGAUCAGCAACGCUUGCUUCUAAAUGUUGACAAUGGUGCUCUUAAGCAACGAUUAGCUGCCCUCGCUCAGGACAAGAUCUUUAAAGAUGCUCUUCAAGAUGCACUUAAGAGGGAGAUAGAGAGGCUUAGGCAAGUGUAUCACCAACAAAACCACAAGAAAUUGGAAUAUGUUGCAGGUUCAGUAUCCCCCUCACCAAAUCCACAAUGUCAUGGUCUGGCUGAAAAGGAACAGCUUCUCAACGAGCUUCUCAACGUUUAAAUAUUCUCACCACAGCAAUGCACUAAUGACCACGUAGCGGCGAUACUGGUAUUCUCGUUAUUGUGUAUAAGAAACUUCCUAGUCUUGGAUCAGAAGGGUGAAAGGAAUCAGGAGAGGAAGAAGAAGAAUGGGAAGCGAUAAAUUCUUAGUUACAUAUUGAGUCUACUAACCAACAGUACAACGAACUAAUAGAAAGCUAUUAUUCCUCACGAUAGGUGGCUGUGUAGUAUAGGAGAAUUUUGCAUUCAUCAAAAGGAGGGAAGAGAAGGAGAAGAAGCCAUGAAUAUUCUCUUUUGUCACUCUCUUCUGUUGCCAUGUUAAUGUUUGUUUGGGAUCACAUUAGGGCGGGGUCAAAACCACACUUUGGCAAAAGCAAUCCAAAGGAUGCUUCUACCAAAACCACGUUUGAGCUCCUACUUACAUGAUUCCAAAGAUGCCAACAGGAUUUCAAAGUAGCAAGGCCAUUGUUAGUACUCUUCUGCUGCUAUGAAACAGAGCAGUCAUGUG